AUGAAGCGAGCUACAUUGGUGAGAAUGUUUACAGAAGGGGGCAUGAAGAUACCAAAUAGCGAGGCAGGUUUUAGUACAGUGCCGGUGCGAACGCAAUCUGGCGCGAUCAGCAGUAGAGUGAGGGGCCUUCCGUAUCGUAUGAAGACUGGAAUUGGCAUGUACAAGAGUGCGUGUUCUUCAGUGCCGAAUAAGGGCGGAAAGAAGAAGACGUGGGUGGAUGAGUUUGAUCAUUUUGGACAGCUGCGCAAACUGCGGUGGCCUGGCUUGGCGGAUUCGCACUCUUGCUUUAGAGAUGUGGUCGAGAAAUACCUGGCAGAUGUGGAGGUGCUAUAUCGGGAACUGAACGCUGUCAGCGCUCGGAGUCUGAACGAAAAACUCGAUGCCGUCAAGGAACGAUGGGUUGCAGAGCAUGGCUCUUUGCCAGAAGUGUCUACAGGUAAGGAGAGAAAACGGGAAAAAGUGCGGAAGCAAGAGAGAGUCAAGGCAAGAGACGGCAAGCAAUUGGGGGUCGCCUCGGAGGUCCAACUGACCGUGGAAGCAAACAAACAGCUAUUAGAGCAGGAGGACGAAAAGAAAAUGCGUAAACAGUACGACCAGGCCCUGAGGCAGGUGAAGGAAAACCACUGUCCUACAGUUUAUGCAAACCCCGGUACGUCGAAUUUUGAUUAUCUCACAAACAGCAUCCGCCUAAUGAGUACCAAAAAGACAAUUUGUUUCUCGCUGGACGUUGAGGCGUAUGAGUUCGAUAAUGAUGUUGUCACAGAAAUUGGUAUUGCCGUUUAUGAUCCCAGAGAAAACAUCAAUCCCCUGGUGCCGCUCACGAGAAACUAUCAUCUGAUCAUAUCGGAAGCGCUGCAUCUGAGAAACAGGAAGUGGGUGUGCGACUUCAAGGACUGCUUUCUACUGGGCGAGAGCUUCGUGCUGAGUCUACAUGAGUGUGUGGAGUUCGUGCAAGCGCUGGUCGACUACUACAUGACGCCUCAAACUGCGGAAGACAGAUCCUGGUCGCGAGCGUUUGUCGGUCACAACUUGCAGGGAGACUUGCGCUGGUUGAGGAAAAUGGGCGUCAAGGUCCCAGCUGACGGAGACCUCGACUACACCCUACAAAAGGCUGAUCUGAAGGCAGACGUCGAGAAGGAAGAGCCUAUCUUCGUACUGGACACAGAGAAGCUUUACAGACUGUGCUAUGGAAGCAAAGGCAGCAACUUGGGGCGCCUGCUUAGGUUGUUCCGCAUCCCGCAUGCCUUUUUGCACAACGCGGGAAAUGAUGCUCACUACACGCUUAAACUACUGAUGCAUAUGUGCGAUGUGAAUUUUAGGAAACAGUAUGGGAUGGACAAUCUCGAGGACAUGUCCAGGAAGAUCAAUCAAUGGAUCGAUCGCGAAAAAGAAGAGCCCAAGGUUUUGCCGAUGUCGUAUGCCGUUUCGGUGGUAGAUGCCACCAGAAAACGUCAUGCGGUGUCCAAGAACGACAAUACUGCACGAAGGAAGCAAGCCAAGGAUCUCGUCCCGCAGACUGAGUUCGGGGGGUCGCGAUAUUUCGACUCUGCCCGCGAGGCAUUCAGCAGUACACUUUGUAAGUGA